GAAAAUCCAUGUCACCCUUUGUCAAUUUCUUCCCAACUUCAUUUCUUUUUCCCCACACCUUCUUGCCUAAGCUUUACCGAUUAAAAAAAUAAACACAAACACACAAGAAAAAAUUCAGAGACACACAUCAUAUAUAUAUAUAUACAUUACACAUAGUCAAAGACGAAGCUCAUAUCUCAUAAAACUCACCAAAGCUUCACUGAUAUGGUAAUGAAGGAAGAGAUGUUAAUGGAAGAAAAGCUUGUGAUCAACGAGCUGGAGCAAGGGAAAGAGUUAGCGAAUCAGUUGAUGAACAAUUUGGAAUGCCCUUCUUCUAAAGAAUUAGACAUGAGUUUGAUCUCUGGAAUCCUCCGUUCUUACGAAAAUGCAAUUGUUAUGUUGAGUCUUGAUCAGAAAACUCUUAAGAGAUCAAGCCCUGGGAGACUUGAUCAGAGUAACAAGAAGAGAAGAACAUCGGAGAAGAAGAUGUCGGAGAAAGUUAAGAUUUGUGUUGGAACAGGACAAGAAGGAACUUCUCUUGAUGAUGGUUAUUGCUGGAGAAAAUAUGGCCAGAAAGAUAUUCAUGGAUCCAAGAACCCUAGAGGAUAUUAUAGAUGUACACAUCGAUUCACACGAGGUUGUUUAGCGGUGAAGCAAGUCCAAAAAUCAGAUGCAGAUCCUUCGUGUUACGAAGUCAAGUAUUUAGAGAGUCACACAUGUAACGCCAAUCUAUCAACCACCAAAUUCUCUGUUUCUGUGCCUAAAGAAGAACCAAAAAGUGUACAUGUUACUGAGAAAGAUAUUUUCGAUGACUUGGAAAACAAGAAAGAUAUUUUCAGAACGUUUUCGUUUUCGUAUCCCGAAACAGAGAAUAUAUCCGAGUGGAAAAAUCUGAUGGACGAUCUGUCUCCUACAACAACAUCUGAAUCUGAAAUCACCAACGAGUUGUUAUAUGCCUCUUCUUCUCCUGUUUCUGUCGCGAAUUCGCCGACGGCUGAUUCAUGUUUCUCUUCUUUGGAAAGUAUUCUCGAUUUAAGUCAUGUUUGGUCUUUGAUGUAAUAAAUAGCUCUCAUUUUGUUCUAGUAGAAUUUUUAGUAGGUGGAAAUAUAACUUCAGCCGGAAGGAUGUGAGUUUUUCAGUCUUUUUCUUCAAAAAAUUCGAAUAAGAUUGUUGAACGCGCCACGUGAUAAUGUGGUUUAGGUAUUCAGGUAAUUGUAACUACAUAUAUAUAUAUAUGUCAAAUAACAGUAAAUAUA